ACAGCGGUUUCAAAAUGGCGAACCUGACGUCUCCCGUGCAACUUACAGACCGUAUGGUCGAGCUAACAUCAUAUCGCGACCAACAUUUCAAGGGUACUUUGACAGAACAGGAAUAUCGCUUAUCAACUAGUAGCACUUUAUAUUUAGGAAACUUAUCAUUCUACACAACAGAAGAACAAAUUCAUGAACUAUUUUCUAAAUGUGGUGAUUUAAAACGAAUAAUUAUGGGUCUGGAUAAAGUUAAGAAGACUCCAUGUGGGUUUUGUUUUGUUGAAUAUUACACACGAAAUGAUGCUGAAAACUCCAUGAGAUAUGUGAAUGGUUCCAGAUUAGAUGACAGAAUUGUGAGAACUGAUUGGGAUGCUGGUUUCAUAGAAGGUAGACAGUAUGGUAGAGGCAAAAGUGGUGGACAGGUUCGUGAUGAGUAUAGGACAGAUUACGACAGUGGACGUGGAGGAUAUGGUAAAGCAGCUCUCAGACAACAACAUACACCACAAGAUAUUAUCACUGCCUGGGGAAAGUGGAAACAAUAAAGAGAAGAGACUUUAAUUAAACUGUUUAGCUGUAUUUUGUUCCUGCACUAUAGACCAUUUUAGGUUUUUUUUUCAAUAUUUAAUGUAUCUUUUUUUAUGUAAGCAAUAAAUCGUGAAGUAAUAUGUUAGUCAAAGUAACUAGCAUGCACAUGUCAAGUUA